AAAGUAUCGAGACUCAAUCUUAAAACCGAUGAAUUUUGGAAUAUUUCGCCAGCGAUCAUCAGUUUACUUGAGCGAAAACUUUUUCAACAACCUAAAAAUCCUAUCACUUUAUUAAAAGAUUUUAUUGUGGAAUGCAUGCAGAAUGUAAUUCGAGAUGAAGGUAAUAGCAAAUUUUUAAUCGUAUCUGAAAAUUUUGAUUCACUUUUAAUUGCAAAGGAUCAUGUUUGCAGAAGUAGAUCGGAUAAUUAUUAUAUUAAUAAAGAUUUUUGUCUUAGGUCUCAUACAUCAGCCCACCAAUAUGAAUUUCUGAAGCAGGGUUUGGAAAGAUUUUUGAUUAUUGGUGAUGUAUAUCGAAGAGACCAAAUUGAUAGAACUCAUUUUCCUUCAUUUCAUCAAAUUGAAGGAGUCUGUUUAUAUUCUUCUGAACAGAUUUUCAACGGUUCCAAUGUUAAUUUUUUAAAUCAUUUUUUGUUUUUUUUUUUGAAGAAAACGAGUGAAAAACAAGAACAUCAUAAAAUUAUUACAGCUAAAGCUGUCACGGAAAAAUUAAAAAGUGCCUUGGAAGUGCUUUGUCGGCAUAUAUUUGGCGAAGCUAUUGAAAUGCGAUGGCUUGAUGCAUACUUUCCAUUCACACAUCCAUCAUUUGAGUUAGAAAUUUUUUACGAAGGUGAAUGGUUAGAAGUACUGGGAUGCGGUGUUAUGGAACAGAAAUUGCUUGAAUCAUCGAAUGUAUUUAACAAAGUUGGGUGGGCGUUCGGUAUUGGCGUUGAACGACUGGCAAUGGUUUUGUAUGAUAUUAAAGAUAUUCGUUUAUUUUGGACAAACGAUUCUGGUUUUCUUUCGCAGUUUGUUGAUAAAUCACCGUCGGAUCGUUUCAAAGUUAGGCCUAUCAGCGUUCAUCCUCAAUUAAUUAACGAUCUCUCUUUCUGGCUGCCAGAUACUGUAAUGGCAAGUCAGAUCACAUCGGAUACGUAUGAUAUUAUUCGAUCUUUGGGUGGUUCUCUUGUCGAGCAGGUGAAUUUAAUCGAUUCUUUUACCAAUAAAUUGGGUCGGUUGAGUCAUACGUAUCGAAUUGUUUAUCGAAGUAAUGAACGAGCGUUAACUAAAAAUGAAGCAAACAUUGUGCAUAAAGCAAUUGAACGAAAGCUUGUUGAUAUUUAUAAUGUAGAAAUUCGAUAG